AUGAAGAGCGAACAGACCUUAAGCGACGAGAUUCUGUUUGAUGAGAUGCUCAAACGUGUUAGAGAUCUCAAUUUAUGCAAGUCUGGUAAAGUUGCUAUUGAAUUCGAGCUCAAAUCUAAGCAUGACAGAUUGCAUGCUUCUUGUAAGGUCGAUUUUAUGAGCUCAUCACCUUGCUCCAGUAAAUCGUCAACACCCAAAAGAAGUAGAAAUUUUCUGACGAAGUCAAGACAGGAUGAGGAUCUCUGCGCCACUAUCGAUGUGCCCAUUAUCGACCGAAGCCAGAUUGAUGAUCUCAACAGCACGAGGUUAGGAGAAGGUACGUAUGGUCAUGUAAUAAAAUGUCGAUUUCGCCCAACACCGGACUCUUUAUGGGAGAACAUCGCCAUAAAAUAUGGUACAGACCCCUCACAUGCUGAAAAUUUAAUACGGGAAGCGAAGGUUAUCCUUACUCAUAUUUCUCACCCAAAUUGUAUAAAGAUUUUCGGGUUCUAUGAAUGCCCAAAGAAUGGGAUGGGUGUUGCAAUGGAAUUGAUGGACUGCAAUCUUGCCUUCCGUCUUGUGAGAUGA